UAUCUAAUAUGAGAUCUAACUUUUCAACUGAGUAUUCAUACCAAUGAUCAGGCGCCAACGUGAAACGUGGAACCUCUCGAAUUCAUCAUGAAUUUACAAUAAAUAUUAAGUUUAGUAAUUCUAAAUUAAUUGUAGUCGUGUAAAGCUUCAGUAAUUUAGUUCUAGUAGUGAGUGAAUGUUGUUGUGUUGUCAAUUCUAUACUUGGAGAAAUGCCUCCACGAAAAAAUAAGGGAGGCCUCCUUGCGAGAGUGAAUUUUCCUCUUUAUACCAUUCAGAUGUUGACAAGUAGACAUGUCAUCGUUGGAGGUGGUGGAGGUUCUUCAAAAACAGGAGUAGCUAAUGGCUUUGAAAUCUUUGAAUUGUCUCAUGAUGGUUGGAGUUUUGUGGCUGAAGAAGUCACAAGGCAUGAGACAGGUCCAAGUGUUGUUAUGAAUUGUGCUGCAUUCAAUGAUGGUAAAAGAACUUGGCUUGUAGCUGGUCAAGAAAGCCAUUGCCAAUUAUAUAACGUCAUUCCAAGAGUACUUACUUUAGAGAAUGGAGAAAUCCAGUCUAAGACUGAUAAAAGUACAGAUGAAGAUACACAGAGUAAUGUUAGACAACGAAAAUUGAAUGAAAAAAAUGUAACACCUGAGAACACUAAAGAAAAAGUACAGACAAUACGAGAAGACAAUUCUCAUGUCAUUCGUAAAAAACUCCAAUUACUUCUUAAGCCUUCUACAAGCAUACAAACUGAUUUUAGUGAUUCUGAGCCACUUCAAAGAAUAGUUAGAGUUAGUCCUAAUGGAAAGGUAAUGGCCACAGGAGGAUUAGACGGAGUAAUAAGGCUCUGGAAAUUUCCUCAAUUAGUAAAGCUUCAUAAUUUAGAAGGCCAUACUAAGGAAAUUGAUGAUAUUGACUUCAAUUUAAGUGGAAAUUUGGUUGCUACUAUUGCUAAAGAUGGUCAAGCAUUUGUAUGGGAUGUUACAAAAGGUGCAAAACAUAAAGAGCUCUCAUGGAAUACUCCGGAUGGAGCUAAAUACAUGUACAAAAGACUACGGUUUCGUAUUCCACUUGAGAAGAAAUCAAAAACAGAAUUGUUUAUGCUAUCGAAUGCAAUUCUAGCAAAAAAUCCAAGUUAUCUUCAAUUGUGGGAUGUUGAUCAGGGUUCUAUUGUUAAGUCAGUAGAGUUUAAAGAAACUUUAUCAGCAAUGGCUGUAUCAGAUGAUGGAAAAUUUGUUGCCGUUGGAACAAUGUUUUCUGGAACUGUUGAUAUUUUUAUUGCAUUCAGCCUACAACGUGCUCUUCAUGUUCCUGGUGCUCACAGUAUGUUUGUAACUGGGUUAGAAUUUUUGCCUACUAAAUUAGAUGGUCCUGCUAUCACAAGUAACUCAGAAACUGCUGUUGUUAGUAUUUCAGUUGAUAAUAGGAUUUGUAUUCACAACAUUCCUUUCAGACAUUCAUUGCCAUUCUGGUUAGUCAUCGUUUUCAUCGUGUUAAGUAUUUGUGGAGCACUUUUAUUUUGUAGUUUUAUGGGUAUUUGACCCGAGUUAUUUAAUCCGAAAUUAGCUAAUGCAUCUCUAAUGGUUUAUCAAAUUUAUUCUGUUAACUAAAUCUUUAUAUGGACAUUACCUUGCCAAAGGCAAAUUAACCAUCUCUGUGAGGCGAUUAUAAUUCAUUAAAGGUCCAUAUUUAUGCCAGCAAUAUUAAUUGCAAUUUCAUUUGAGUAACUCGAUCAAUUAAACAGCGGUAUUUAUAGUGUAAUGAACAAUGAUAGAUAAGUUUUUUGUAAAUGGGAAAACAAGAUUAACAAUGAUAAGAUGUCCAUUUAUUCAUCCAAUUAAAAAAAAACCUGAACACAUUUAUAAAUUCAUGUUGAUUUUAAAAAUUAUUAAAUGAAUGCCUGAAAAAUUGUAACGAUAAAUUAAUCAAUUUAUCGUCUAAUGUAGCUAGAAUAUAACAAAUUAUAUUUGUAGUUGAUGGCAUUUAUUGCAUUGUACUUCUUGUUAUUGACUUUGAAAGUCAAUUUGCUCACACAUUUGUCAAAGUUGUUAUCAAUUAAGUUAUGAAAAAAAAGUAAAUUUAUUUCUACAUUAUUUAGGGUUUGAAAAUUGCUUUACAAUAAUUAGUUAUUUAUUUGUGAAAUUGUUAAGCUUGUUUAUUGUAGUGAUUUUUAUUUAAAUCAAAUUGUUUAAUUCUAAGACAACACAGACACCAUGCAACAAUUUUAUUAAUUGACCAUUUUAGUUAA